AACCUUUAAAAAAAUCAAUUAAAUUUAAAGUGAACCAAUGUAAAUAGUAGGCACAGCUAUAAAUUCUACAAAAUUGUAAUGUAUUAGCAAAAUUUCUGUUUCUUUUAUAUGUAAAUGAAUACUUUUGAAGGUACCGCUGGGAACAGACGAGUGCACUCAAAAUCUCAGUAGUUCCGAUACGGAGACACACUUAGAUUAACAGGAGACCAUAUGGCCAAUAUAGUCGUGAACACAACCUCGCCGAUGGCCGGACGCCGCCUGAACCGGGACGUAAACAGGCUGUUGGCUGCGGGGUAUCACACAGUUAUAGACGAUGACAUGACCAAUUUGGAUGUGCGCCUCGAGGGGCCAAUGGGUACCGCCUAUGAGGGCGGGGUUUGGACGGUUAAUGUCUCAAUGCCACAGGAAUAUCCCUUAAAGGCGCCACGAUUGCGUUUUGUUACAAAGAUUUUGCAUCCGAAUAUUGAAUUCACCACGGGACUGGUGUGCAUGAAUGUCUUCAAACAGGCAUGGUCUGCCAAUUAUGAUCUGGUUAAUAUAUUUGAAACAUUUCUGCCCCAGCUAUUGCGGCAUCCGAAUCCCCAUGAUCCCCUGAACCACCAUGCAGCUGCGAUAAUGAAGCGCUCGGAACAGGACUUUCGUGAAUCAGUGUCCAUGUUUCUUAGGAUGUACGCUCUACCAAUUGCCUUACCUGGUCAGUCCCAGGAUACAGAAAAUCUCGAAAAGCGUUCCUCGGACUUAAGCUUAUCUGAUCUGCUUUCCGAUGAUGAUAAUGAUGAUGAUGACGAUUAACUGUUGGCUGGUCUUUUGUUUUUUUUUUUUUAAUAGUGUACACUUUCCUCGAACUACAAAAUGCUCUUUUUCAACUGAUAGGGAUAAGAAUUUAAAAUGUAUUAAAUAGUAUAUUAAAAAUGUAACAAAAUGCAA